UUCACUAAAGACCUGGAACAAAUUUCAGCCUCACAAGUUCUGUGUCCAAAGACAAGGGAGCAGACAAGAUCAUCCUCAUCACCAUGUCUACAAUGCGUUUGCUGCACAUUUGCCUUGUACUACUCUUCUCCACUGAAAUCUCAUCACAGCACUGUGAUUUGCUUAGCUUCCAGCAGAAGAAACUAAACAAAGAUAGCUUAGAGCUCCUGGAGAAAAUGGGGGGAAAUUUUCCCUUCCAAUGCUUCAGUGAAAGGACUGAUUUCAAGUCCAUGCAAGAUGUUCUCAAGCUCCAAUUGUCCCAGAAAGAAAAUGCGAAGUUGGCAAUUCAGAACAUCCUCCAAGAGAUCUUCACAGUCUUUAGCAAAAACCUCACACAAACUGCCUGGGAUGAGAUUUCCAUCAUUACCUUCCAAAACAAACUUCACCAGCAAAUUGAGAGACUGGAAGCCUGUUUGGGUUUCCAGAAGGAGAAGGAUGGAACCAAGAUGGGAAGUGAUGGUCUAGUGCUCACCAAGCUGAAAAUCAAAAGAUAUUUCCAGGGAAUAUACAAUUUCUUGGAAGAGAAGCAGUACAGCCUGUGCGCCUGGGAAAUCAUCCGCAUGGAAAUGACCAGAGGUUUUCUGCUUGUUGACCAACUCACAAAAAGUAUUUAAGACUAAGGUAUAGUACCAACAUUUUUUGUACAGACUGCCUGAAUUAGCAUUAUACAGGUGAGAAGAGAAAAUCAAUCAUGUAGUGAC